ACCCUUGUAUCCAUCUCAUCAUAAUAUUUCUCUUCCAUUUAAACAAGCAUGGAUUGCUCUGACUUAAGGCGUCAGGCUGCCCAGAUGAAAAAGUGCCUUUUUGAUCAGGGAUACUUGGAUGAGCAAUUUUAUCAGCUGGAAGAUCUGCAGGAUGAUGUUAGCCCCAAUUUUGUAGAGGAAGUAGUCACUUUAUUUUUCAAGGACUCGUCCAGGCUGUUUAGCAACAUCGAGCAAGCUCUGCAAAAAAAUUCACCAGAUUUUCAGAAGCUGGAUUCACAUAUACAUCAGUUUAGAGGAAGCAUUUCAAGCAUCGGCGCUCUUAGGGUGAAGAAUGAAAGCACACUAUUGAGGGAAUACUGCAAGAAAGAAAACCUGGAUGGAGCUAUGGCAUGUAGGUGCCUUAAGACAUUCCAGAAAAUGAAGAGGGAACAUGCUAUCCUCAAACAGAAGAUGGACGAUUAUUUUCAGCUCCUGAGACAAAUUGGAACGGCUGAAGACGCUACCCGACCUAUCAUUUGAGAAGUCCGAUUUCUCUCUUGCUCAAUCUUCAAUGGCAAAAAAUAAUUGCAGUAUUAUGCAUCUAGACUUUGUAACAGAGCAGGGAAGCUAAUAUAUGUGUAGCCGGUCACUGAUCUGUGAUCUCCACUAUUAUUAUUAAUUAUCAGAAGUUCCUAAUGCUAGUAAUUCACUGAAAUUUUAUGGUU